GGAUAAUUCUAGGUGGCUUUGGUCGUCAUUGUUCCAUAAGAUCUAGAAGUGGCAUUGCUAUUGAAAGAAAUGGCAACCCCAGCAGAUGACAAAGCUUCAGACUUGACUGCCAAUGUUGAGUGUGAGAAUGAAGAUGUUGAUGAGAACCUCGGUGAAGGAGUUGAUGAACAAGGAGAGGAGGAAGGUGAUGAGGACCAUGGAGAAGAAAUGGAGGAUGAGGAAGGAGUAGAAAUGUUUAUGACAGAUAACUGGGAUGUUGUUGAUGAAGCUUCUGGAUCUGAACAUGAAGGAGAUGAUGGGGGAGAGAUUGACCACGACAUCAUGAUAGAUGACAGUGACAUGCCUACAGGUCCUAAGUAUGAUGCAGAUGAAGGUGACCUUGAGGAUGAGAUGGAAGCCAGUUAUGAUGAGGAAUUCCAUGAAGGAGAAGAAAAUCUGGAAGAGGAACCUGGAAAGACUGAAGAAGGCGAUCAGAUGGAGGAUUCAUCAACAAAACCAAAUAAUGGUACAGAGACUUCCAAAGACAAAGAGGAAACUGAUGUAACAGAAACAACAGAGGAAAAGACAAGUCAAAACCAAGCAGGGGGGAGGGAGGUAGACACUGAGGCGAAUGGUGUCACAGCUACAGAAAUUACAGGUGAUGAUAGUUCUGACAAAAAAGAAGUCGGUAACAAAGAGGAUGGUACUGAAGAAAAGGAUCAAAAGGAUAAGAUUGAGGGAGAAGAGAAAACAGUUGCAAAGAAAGUUGAGAAAAAAGAAACUGCUAAAUCGAAGGAUGCUGGAAAGAGUGUAAAAUCAAAACCUGAAGGAAAAGCUAAGGCUGAGACUGAAGCUAAAGCUAGAGCUGAAGCCAAAGCCAAAGCGGAGGAAAGGAGAAAGGCAGACUAUGAAGCCAUGACGAAGGAAUGGGAGAACUUGGCUGUCACCUUGAGGGAUGUAGAAGUGAGAAACUUCAAGUCUGAUGACUUUUUCCUGUGUCUCUGCAAAGCUAAGGAAAUCCAUAUUGAUUUUGAAGAUGACAGUGGGACGCGUACACUAGGAAAAAUGAAAGUUGCUUUCAACGCCUCCAGUCAAGCACGAUAUGAAAACCUCAUCAAAAGUCUGUCAAACCUUAGGCUCUUAGGAAUCAAAAUUGAUGAAUGCUCAGAACACUUACUAAAGAAAACAAAUGAUUACUGCAGAAGACUGGGAUUACAAGAGGGCCAUCCCAGGGACAGAUCUUUGUUCCUGAAGAAUUUACCUGAAGAUACAACAGACUUGUCACUGAAGGAAUACAUACCUAAUAUGGUCAGGGCUUGUGUAGCCCGCAAGCCAGGGGGCAAGGUUAUGGGUUGGGCUGUGGUAGAAAUGGAAUCUAAAUCAGACUGUCUUGCCUUUCUUCACAAAAACAAGUUCAUCAAGAUUGGCAAGCACCAAGUGCGGAUCAGCAGGAUCACAGACAUAGGUAAACCUGAGAUUCCUUCAACACCACGUGUGCAGCAGUGGCUAUGGGGCAAACUGUUCUACCUGUCAGACAAGAGAAGGGAGUACUGGAAUAGCAAACAGAAUAACCUUCAAGUGAGUCGGCCGUCCAUGGACAGACGGAAUACUGGCAGGUUCAGUCGUGGCAAUUUCCGCGACAACAAGUUCUUGAAUACUCGUGGCAGGAGGCAAAGCAAUAGGGGCACAGGCCUGAGGUCAAACAUGGGCCUAGGGAUGAGGUCAAAUAUGGGCAUUCCUGGGCUCAACGUAAGGGCUGCAAACAUGGGUGGUAUGGGUAUGGGCCCAUCCAACAUGGGGAAUAUGAUGGGAACUGGAAUGGGCGGAAAUAUGGGUGGUCUGAACAUGGGGUCAGGUAUGGGAAUGGGAAAUAUGGGUAUGACACCUGCAAUGGGAGCAAUGGGAACUGGAAUGAUGGGAAACAUGGGUGGUGGUGGCAUAGGAAUGGGCAUGGGAGGAAAUAACAUGGGAGGCCUUAACAUGAACCAAGGAAUGGGCCAGAUGGGAUCAAAUAUUCAAGGAAUGAGAAGUAAUGUCUCCUCAAUAUCAAGGUCAAGAAGUAGGGAUCGAAUUGACCGGAGUCUUUCCCCAGGUAGAGGUUAUGGAUCUGACAGGUCUUUUAGUGAUCAGCGUCAAAGGAGGAGUGCUGGGAGUACUAUGGAAACAGGUCGCUUCAGCAACAGGAGAGGUUCUCAAAGGGAUGGCACGAUGAGGCGUACCAGUGAUGUUCGACCAUCCAGCUCAUCUAGAGGGAAUAGGGGUAGUUUUACUACAGGAAGCAGUUAUUCACAAAGUGGGAGAGGAGGUAGCUAUGGAGGUGGACGGAACAGUAGAAGCAGCUUUGAUUCAGGCAGAGAUGAUGGUUAUGAUAGAAAUCGGAGGAGCAGUAGAGACAGUGGUGACUUUGGACGUAACUAUAGAGAUUACAACAAAGGUGGAAAUUUUAGUGAUAACAGCGACUACGAGGAUGACUUCAUGCGAGCAGAAUCUCACCACAGCAGGAAUGAUGACUUUGACCGGCCAUCAAGAUCUGCUGACAGGAUGGGACAGGACUUAGCACCUAGGAGAAUGCAACAGGUCAGCAAGAGGAGGGAGAGAAGUCCAAUAUGGGAUGACAGAGAUUACUCACCCAGCAUGGAACGAGAUGAUGAUCUCAGAGGAAGAGGGGUGAAGAAGACAGCUUCUCGUCGGGAUCUUUCUGAAAAGCUUGGAGUAGUCCUCUCAAAUGAAAGACAAGGUGUCCAGGAUGACCGUGCCAUGGUUGCUCUCCUACAGACAGCUCUGGAUGCCAUGCAGAAGAAAGAAGGGAGCAAGUCACCUGCCCGUGGCUCUGCAAGCAGCUCCCUUGGGCACCCCGGCACAUCCCUGUCAAUGCGGAGACCCAAUCCUGUAGCCCUAAAAAGAAGAAAGCCUUAUGAUGAGGAUCAUACCCAGAUGCAAAAACGACCAAGAGCAGAAUUUUCUUCAAGUCGGGGAGGAGGAUCUUCGAUGAGCCACAACUCUACAAUGGGAAGUGGGGGCUACUCUGGGGGACAGGGAUCAUAUCGGACCCAAAUACAGAACCAGUACUCCAAACCAGGCUUAGGGGCAUCCCGUGGAGGAAUGAAUAGAGGUGGUAGAGGGAGCAUGCGUGGAGGAAGUAUGAGAGGAACACAAAGAGGAACAAUCAGAGCAACAGGUCGUGGAGGAACAGGUCGUGGAGCUGGCAGAGGGGGAUACAGUCAAGGAGGAAAUCGGCAACAGAUGGGUGGCGGUGGAAAUCAAGGAAUGAACAGGAAUUAUGAGGACUAUUAAUUUGGGAACCAAUCAUAUCAUCGAUACAGUUAUUGUUGCCAUGGAAGUAUAAAGACUGUUGAAGGAACAUUUUCUAUCGAUUGUCAUUACAGUCAUGACCAUUGUGUAAUUAAGCAGUAUUUUCACAUUUUGUUCAGUAUUUGUGCCAUGUUAGUGUUUACACAGAUUAAAGAAUGUUCAGCAAUGUAAAGCUAAUUUUAUAUCAAAAAUGAAAUAAGAUCAUCCAAGAUGACAAAUUAAGGCUACAGUAGGUGUUAUGUGUGUUCAUUGUCAGUGUUUACUGUUUGUAAAUCAUGUACAUAUUUGUUUACAGUAUCAGAAUUAUUGAAAUAUAAAUUUGGUCAUUUCUAGAAAGAUACAAUCAACUUUUUCGGAAAGAUGUUACAGACUUUCAAACUAAAAUCAUGAUAAUGUUGCCAUUUAAAUUAUUAUUGUUACCUGUGUAAUGAGUCAUCCUCUUCCAUAUUACCUGUAUAAUGAGAUAUCCUUGUUCAUAUUACCUGUGUAAUGAGUCAUCCUCUUUCAUAUUACCUGUGUAAUGAGACAUCCUCUUUCAUAUUACCUGUAUAAUGAGUCAUCCUCUUUCGUAUUACCUGUGUAACGAGUCAUCCUCUUUCUUAUUGCCUGUGUAAUGAGUCAUCCUCUUUCGUAUUACCUGUAUAAUGAGUCAUCCUCUUUCAUAUUACCUGUGUAAUGAGUCAUCCUCUUUCAUAUUACUUGUGUAAUGAGUCAUCCUCUUUCGUAUUACCUGUGUUAUGAGUCAUCCUCUUUCGUAUUACCUGUGUAAUGAGUCAUCCUCUUUCGUAUUACCUGUGUAAUGAGUCAUCCUCCUUUGAAUUGCCUGUGUAACGAGUCAUCCUCUUUCGUAUUGCCUGUGUAACGAGUCAUCCUCUUUCGUAUUACCUGUGUAAUGAGUCAUCCUCUUUCGUAUUACCUGUAUAACGAGUCAAUCUAUUCCAUAUUACCUGUGUAAUGAGUCAUCCUCUUUCAUAUUACCUGUAUAAUGAGUUAUGUUAGAUAGGGUUGGUAUGUCAUACUUUAUUAUUAACACUUCAGUUUGACAGAUAUAAAACAUUGUAUUGUGUAUGUUAUAAUUAAUGAGCGGGAAAAUUUAUCAUGUUUAUUGAUUAUGUUAAUUUUGUUGCCAAUACAUAAUAUUUCUACAAUCA